GCUCACCUGGCUUGCCAAUACUCCGCAGUCUCGUCGUCGAACUAGAGCACCACGUGCAUGCGCUCCCUGCCAGCGCAAAAAGAAGCGCUGCCGCCAUCUGAGCACUGACCUUGGCCUGAACCAGGCCCGGUUCCAUCCCAACCACCUCGGGGAACAUGGGCCCGGUAUAUACAACCAACCGACAUCCACUUCCUCAAUUGGCGAGGCGCAAGUUGACACUAUGACGCCUGACAUGAGGCUCUCAAAACCCCUGGACACAGAACGUUUUGUUGGGGAUCUCAACCCAGAAGCUGUAAUUCGGGAAAAGUUAGACGUCACCGCUGAGAACCAUCUUCGUGACCGGAUCGGACUCUGGAUCAACCCGUCUGCUAUGCAAGGCGAUGAAGGGGCCCGGAAUCACGCCUCCAGAGUUUUUCCUAAACGCUCGCCUGCAGUAGAAUCGCAGACCGUGGCGUCUUUUUCACAAUGUCGACAUAUGUCUGUCACAAGGGCCUUCGAGCGCCUCCCCCUCGCAACUCAAAGUCGAUUGAUUCCGAUCUACUUCUCCAAGGUCAAUCAUAUCCUCCCACUUGUUGAUCAAAAGUCUUUCGCCUGCGCCCACGCAGCGGGAACGACGUCUGUGUUCUUAGAAAGAGCCAUGUGUCUUGUUGCCGCGAAAGAUAGCGCAGCUCAUCCCCACCUUCGUCUGGCGAUCAACGGCCCUCUCCUUUCACCCCGGGCAUUCUGCUCCGAAAUUUACAAUGGGCUCGUUUUCGUAAUGAACGAUGGGCUUGAGUCUGACCGGAUUACUCGGAUCCGCGCAUUGGCGCUCAUGUCUUUACAUUGCGAAGGCUACGAAGGAGCAGAGGCUGCCUCUAUGCAUAUCUGUCAGGCGAUCCACCAGGCGCAGACGGUAGGAUUGCAUCUCGAUAGACCAGGCCGGGUCUCAAAAGAUCCUCUUUCGGAUUUGUUUUGGUGCCUAUGGACCCUGGACAAGAUGCAUGCAUCCAUAGGGGGCCGGCCCGUGCUUCUCGCAGACCGCGAUAUUGGUAUCAAGAAGCCCGCAUGGGAGAAUCUCCAGGCUAGAACCGCAUUUGAUGUUUGGCUCGCUAUCACAGAGUUACUUUCGAGCGUGAUCUCAUUAUAUAGGCCAACCGCAGAUCCCACAGUGGGCUGGGAGACAGGAUUUCCAACGUUUGAAGAAACAAUCGGUGAUAAUGUACGAGACGACCUAGACUUUGAUACACUUGUAGGUCUCCUUGAGCUUUUUUACCACGCAGUUGGGAUUCUGUCCUGUAGAUAUAAGCCGUCCGAACGCCCGGACGCCUCCAAACCAUCCUAUACUCGCCAGAACCUCGCAGCCAUUCGAAUCUGCUCCAUUGCGGCCACGGAAUGCGGUCGGACGCUACCCCCACUACCAAUCGUCCCGUACGCACUAGCGCUGUCGAUGGGCGUCUCGUAUCAGCAGUUGCGGUCGAGCAAACUGAUUACUCAUUUUGACCGAGCCAGGGCUAGUCUAGAAGCCUGUUGCUCUCUGCUAGAAGACAUAGGAAGCUGUUGGUACUCCGCCGAGGCAAUGGCACGGCUGGGGCGAAAGGCAUUGCAUCAAAUCCAGGAGGUGAGAUCUGAUCCCGGACAGCGUAGACGGGACCUGAAGUCGCAGGCGGAAUCUCAGACCGACCAGCCAGAGACAUCCGCUUCAUGCCCGUCACUUCCGACUCAUGAAGGCGCUUGUUGUGUCGGUGACGCGCCUCCCAUCUCGUCGACACCCGGCCCUGGCGAUCCUUCGGGCGCCAAUGGUGCCCAGAGUAUGGUGUCGGGUGGAUUUGCCGACAUUGACAUCCUCUUCGGAGACUUUCUGGACCUCUCCUUACCCACGAACUUUUGGGAUCCGGUGUUCUUCUCGGACACCCACACUCAUACGUGACCCAUCGACCGGCCAGUGUUUACGGAGUAAUCGGAGUCCCGCAGGUAUAAUCCUCUCCAUUAAGCAUAAGGCAUCGGGAUACGGCCUAGGGCCCCCCUUCCGGGUCCAAAAAUUACCCACCCGCCCAAGUGGCCCAUCCGCCCGUCUCGCCUUGAAUCGACGGUCUCGAUCGAACUCUUUUGUUCGCUCGCUUGACACGCCACGACUCAACGAUCAACGACCAACACAUAGCUUUUCUUCUCAGGCCCCAUUGUCCCAAUCCCCUCACCCCCCCCCCCUCCUCUUCUUUUUUUUUUUUUUUU